AUGUCUGAUUAUAAUAAUAAUAAUAACAAUACUCGAGAACGUACUAGUACAGUAAAAGAAGUAGAUCGAGAAGCAGCUAAAUCAUCGAAAUAUACACCAAAAGUUACCAUUGAAAAACCUAAUCGAAAUGUACCAGCAGAUAUUAAAAAGAAAAGACAAAAUAUGAAUAAAAAUGAUCAUUCAGUUAAAAUUCCAAUACAUUAUUCAACAAUAAUGGCUGCUACUACAUGUAUUAUUCUAACAGCAAGUUUUUGCUACUAUUGUAUUAUUCAUGAACAUGUAUCAUCAAUGGCAAAAGGUGUAUUUCUUAUAUUAUCCGCUAUAUUUUGGUGUUUUUUUAUGAAAGUUUUUGUACCACCUUUCCCUCAAGAUCAAUCUUAUCAUAAUUUUGCUGAUCGACGUUCAUUACGUGCAAUAAUUCCAUCUAUAUCAUUUAUGAAAAUUUCGAAUGUAUUCGAUGUAUUAUCAAAUUUACCAUUUCUAUUUGUUGGUCUUUAUGGUCUUUGUUUAUUUUUAUCUCCAACGAAUAUUGUUUUUUUAACAUCUUUUGAAAAACUUGGAUGGAUUAUUUUAUUUAUUAGUAGUGUAUUUGUUUUUAUUGGUUCAUCUUAUUAUCAUUUAAAACCAUCAAAUGCUACUCUCGUUUGGGAUCGAUUACCAAUGACAAUUGGAUUUACAUCUAUACUUGGUUUAUUAAUUGAUGAACGUAUUAAUCCAUCUUUAGGCAAAGCUUUAUAUCCAUUUCUAUUAGCUGCUGGUUUUGCUUCCUGUGCUUAUUGGUAUUAUCGUGAUGAUUUACGUCCAUACAUUCUCAUUCAGUUUUUUCCAAUGAUUUACAUACCAAUUUUAAUAUUAAUUUCUCCAUCAGUUUACAGUCAAACAAUAUACUAUGUCUUCGCAUGUGGUCUUUAUACGUUGGCUAAAUUAUGUGAAAUAGCAGAUAAACAAAUAUUUCGUUUAACAUCAAAAACUAUUAGUGGACAUACACUUAAACAUAUAUUUUCUGCAUUAGCUAUUGCAGUUAUGGUUUAUAUGUUACAAACUCGUGUUGUUUUGUAA